AGCGUCAUGAAGGGCGAGCUGGGGGAGGCCGAGCAGCUGCUGCACCAAGCCCUGCGGCUGUCGCACCAGUCGGGGAACGACAAAGCCAUCACCUACACCUACAGCAUGAUGGCCAACGUGGCCUACAUGCAGGGACAGCUGGACAAUGCAGAAAAGCUCUACAAAGCAAGCAUGAGCUAUUUGCUUGCAGGGGACACAAAGGAGGAUGACAAUGCAAUCCUGGAGAUGUCCCUCAAGCUGGCCAGUAUCUACGCUGCUCAGAAACAGCACAAAUUGGCUUUGGCUGGCUACGAGUUCUGCAUCCUGACCUUAGAAGAGAAGGUUGCCAAGCAAAAGGACUUGCCUGAGGAUGUCUUAACAGCUGAAGAGAAGGCAAACACCCGUCUGUUGCUUGGGAUGAGCCUGGACUCCUACGCUCGCUAUCUCCUAAACGUUAACCAGCUCCCAGUGGCCCAGAAGAUGUAUGAGAAGGCUCUGCAGAUAUCAAAUGAUGUUCAGGGAGAGACUCACCCACAGACUGUGGUCCUGAUGAAUGACUUAGCAACUGUACUGGAUGCGCAGGGGCACUACGACGAGGCAUACGCCUAUGUGAAGAGAGCGGCUGAGCUGGCAAAGGAGACUCAGCACCCCGAGGAGCACAUGGUGCUGAAUAACCUGGCAGCAAUUCUGAUGCACAAAGAAGAUUUUCUGCAAGCAAAACAAGUGUACAAAGAAGCUCUCAAGCAGGCACAACAAAAGGGAGAUGCUGCUUCUGUCCAGCAUAUCCAGGAAGAACUGGCUGAGCUGGCCAAGAGGAGAAAGGGUUCCAAAUGACUGGCCACAGAAUCCAACCUUGAGGUGGCUGACAGGAGCAAGGGUUGGUCAGUAAAAGCAGCCUGGGACCAGUCUGGUGCAAUUCUGCAAGGGAACAGCAAUGAGGAGUUGAAGGGCUGCUUAACGAGAAGGGCUGCCAUCGUCUGACAGUACCGCCCAAAAUAAAGUUGUGACAU